AUGUCGUCUCUUCCUCUCUCCCUUCUUCCCCCUUCCGCAAUCUCUCCUUCAGCAUUUCACCAAGCGCUCAAACUGUACCCCUCGCUGGUCGAGAAGGUGUACAGAUCCAAACUCAAAAACGAUCCCAAAAAGGUCGCCGACGCGUUGGAGCGCGAUCUCUGGAGGUUUGAGGUGUUGCCUGCUGCUGUUGCUGCUGCUACUGCCGCCGAUGCUGCCUCGAGUACUGGAGUCGGACGGGCUCAGGUGACUACGCAGGCCUCAAAGAAGGACGAGAGCAAGAAAAAGAGGAGUCUUCCCGAUGCGCUGGACGGCAGUAGUGUUGGGGGUGGAUUGACCAAGGAUGCUGUUGAGAGGCUGGUGCAAUGGAAGAUGUAA